GGACGUCGCCACCUCCGCGGCGCAAACAGUACACGCUCUCCUCCUCCUCCUCGCUGUCUCCCACUCCCAUCCCAAUGGCGGCGGCGGCGGAGGACGUGGAGUUCGUCGACUACGACCGCGACGAGGAGGAGGAGGAGGACGCCAUGGACGAGGACGAUCGGGGCGGUGGCCGCGGCGGGCGCGCGCUACCCGUACCCCACAUCGUCUCCCAGGGCGUGAUGCGCUCGCGCGGCCGCCUCCUCGGCCGCAGCACCUCCGUGCUCGCCUCCAACCGCGACCGCUUCGACUCCCUCGCCGAUGCCGGCAACCCCGGCCACGGCCCACAGCGCUCUAUUGAAGGAUGGAUACUACUGGUCUCUGGAGUCAAAGAAGACGCGGAAGAAGAUGAUCUGUACAACACUUUCAGUGAUUUUGGUCAUGUUAAGGACCUACAUUUAAAUCUGGAACGCCGCACUGGAUAUGCCAAGGGAUAUGCAUUAGUUGAAUAUGAAAGUUUUGAGGAAGCACAAACUGCAAUCAAAGCAAUGAAUGGGACUCAGCUGUUAACAAGGACUGUCUAUGUUGACUGGGCAUUCAGCAGAGGUCCUAUACAGAAACUCACCAGUACAAGGCCAUUACAUCGGCGAUCUCGGACUCCACCUCGCAGGCUUGCUGCCUUGACAUGUUGACUGGGAGCUACUAUGUCCGCAAUCCUGAAUGUUCUCGGUCUGUGUUUUUUGAUAGAUGGUACGAACGUAGUCUUAACCGAUGUAUGGUGUGAUAUAUCUUCCAGAUCCAGCCCCCCUGAGUCUUGAUUCUGCUAUCCUUAUAUAUCUGCACUAAGUUUGAUCAACUUUGUUUGUUGAACUAUGUUCUCGGUUGCUGGCCUGUGGUAGAGGCUGUUGUACUGACUGAGUACGCUAGCUAGAAGGUAUAUUGUGUAGUGAUGACGUUGAGAUGGAAGUGUCUGCCGACUUAAAAGCCUACUACUACAUUUUAAGGAAAACAACUUUCGUAGAAAGAAAAAAUGCUCUCUUUUGCUA